AUGGGCGUGACAAAGGAGGUCAAGAAGGCCGGAGAUGGCAAAACCUUUCCUAAAGCAGGGGACCUGCUUAGGAUGCACUACACUGGACGAUUUGCCAGCAGCGGACAGGUCUUCGACUCCUCUCAGGGCAAGGAGCCCCUCGAGUUCACAGCUGGCAUUGGACAGGUGAUUCGAGGUUGGGAUGAGGGCGUUAUGCAAAUGUCCAAAGGCGAGAAGGCCAUCUUGCUGAUCACGUCCGACUUCGCGUAUGGACGGGCUGGAAUGCGUGGAGUGAUCCCACCGAACGCUAACUUGGUGUUUGAGGUGGAGCUGCUGGACAUCAACCCGACAGAGAAGUACCACCCCAAGAUUCUGACGAUGGCGGCUCAGCUGGAGCUUGACCUGAAGAUUCCAUGCGGCUGGAUGGUCUUUGACGUCACCGCCACCGGCUUCGGUUCCGGAGACAUGUUCCUGCACUGGGGAGUCGGCAAGCAGCACGCGGAGGAGUGGAUCGUGCCUGUAGAGAUCCAGGCACGAACGACGCCAACGGCCAAUCGCGUGCCAGGUGCCUUGCAGACGCCCUUCCCGCCACCUGAUGGUCAGAACGGUCGAAAAGUACGUUUAGAAAUCAACGUUGAUGCUGGCCUGAAGGGCUGCCAGUUCGUACUGCACAAAAAGCCCAACGAGUGGCUCAAGAAUGGGUCCAGGAACUUUUUUCUCGACUUUUCCAAGGUGGCUGACAGCCGUGGCUUUCGCGAGCUUGUCACAGAAGCCACGAAAGCCAAUCCAGCUGCGAAGGUGUCCUGCUACAGCUCAAGCGGCGUGGAAGUGGCAGUUCUAGCAGCUUCGGAGGGUGAGUGCUGCAAUGUACAGGCGAUUGUCCGUUCCGAGCGCGACUUGGUUCUUCAGUAUGGCCCAGCAGGGGACGAUCGGCGAUGGACGUCCUCGACCAGGCUGAGCUUGCAAAAUAGCGGUGGAGACAUCUACAAGGGUGCUAUCAAGAUCGAGGCACAGAACCUCAACAAGUAUCUCAUGUUCGUCCUACACGACCCCAGUGUCAACCAGUGGUUGAAGGAUGCUGGUCGAGACUUUUCCUUCGAGCUGCCCCGAGACAUCUGCAAGACCGUGACCGCGAAGCCACCGGAGCCUGCACAGACCUUCGACCCGGUACCGCGGCUCCAGAGACGGGCCUCAAAAUUGUUCAGCACCUUCGUUGAGGAGAUACAGAUGGCAGAGCCAGAUGCAAAAAGCUCGUCCUGGACUGUGCCCGGAGCUGAUGGCAUCGAGGUGGUGGUUUUGGCUACAGCAGCAGAGACGGGCUGUCAAGCGCACCUGCUGGUCAGCGCGAAGACAGCAUUGGUUUUACAGUACGGGCUGGCCGGGCAGGACCGCGCAUGGAAAUUCUCCAAGCGUGUGGAACUCGUGCGGGCCGGUACGGACAAAUGGGAGGUUUCUUUUGAAGUGCCAGCGCACGAGAUGGAGAAGUUUUUGAUGUUUGUCCUUCACGACGGCGCCGUGAACCGAUGGAUCAAGCAUGGGCCGCAUGACUUUGAGUUCGAAAUGCCGCGACACGAGGAGUGGGAUCGAGUCCAGCGUGAGGCAGAGGCCAAGAGCGCAGAAGAGGCGAGGCUGGUUAUGGCAGCGAAAAGCCAAUUCUUGGAGGGCCGACGAGCCCGGGAGUCGAAGGCAGAUAUCUCCUUCACUCCCUUCGAGCUUCAAGGAGAUUUUGGAUCCUUGGACGUUGCCUGUAUCUCUGAAGGCGACACGCGUGCUAAGGUCCAGAUCCGAGCUUGGCUCCACCCCCGGCUGGGAGAGUGCAUGAUGCACUUCGGGGUCUUCGAGAGGCCGCAGUCUCGACAGUGGACGUCUGCAACCAAGAUCAGCGCGGUGGAGUGGCCAUCGGACUUGCGCAAAGUUGAUGAGAAGGCUUGCCAAAUCACUCUGCGCAAGAUGGAGGGUGGUAUCCAUGGUCUGGACUUCUCCGUGACAGCCCACACGGAAGUUGAUGGCAACGAGACCAUUCACGAGCCAGACAUCGGAGGCCUUGGCUUUGUUUUGAAGACCGUGAACAACAACGUUUGGAUCAAGCCGACAGAUGGAAGCGAUGCCACAGUCCGCUUUUCCAGCAAAGGGCGUUGGAAAGGCCAGUGGGCGCAGGUGGCGGACAAGAUUGUUGAGCAAGAGACGACCUGGAGCAGCAUGUCCCUGAAAAGGAGAUACGAGAACUGCCUUGAGUUCCUGGAUACCUGGGAGAAGGUGUCCCAAGGAGUUCAGAUGCGGCGCCUGAAUUCGUGGACAACCCUCGUCCAUGUCGACUCGAGCAAGGCCGUGUGGUCCCGCAUGCCUUCUAUGCCGCUCAUUGAGAUGUCGAGUACCGAAGAGAACAACGAGGAGUUCUGGAGCUGGAUCUUCGUGUGGCAGCGCUUGUCCUUCCAGCAGCUUCUGACCUGGGAACGGAACACCUGCACCCAGCCCCGAAUGCUGGCAGCCACGACGAAUCAGAUCACUCAGCGCCUUGCUGAGCUCUGGAAGUCCACUCCCAGCUGCCGCCUCUGGAUCCGUUGGACCCUCUCCACCAUGGGCCGUGGUGGGUCUGCUGGUCAGCAGAUUCGAGAUGAGAUCUUAGUCAUCAUGCAUGCCCAUGGUAUCAAGGAGAUCCACGGCACGUACUACGAGCAGUGGCACCAGAAAUUGCACAACAACACCACCCCGGCAGACAUCGGCAUUUGCCGUGCGAUCAUCGCCUACCUGAAGAGUGGUGGCGACUUGGGAAUCUACUGGAAGGUCUUGGCGGAGCACGACAUCACCAAGGAGCACCUGCACUCAUACAGCCGGCCGAUUACAACGGAGCCGUUCAUGGUCCACACGGAUAUCGGACGCCUCGUCGGCGACUUCGAGAGGUAUCUGGGCAUCCUGCGCAGCGUCCACGAUGCCCUAGACUUGAAGCUGUCCAUCGACCAUGCCAAGCAUUGUCUGUCUGGCAACUUGCAAGGCAAACUGUACGACCUGUGCAACAUGGGAGGAACGGGCUUCAACAGUUUGGACGAGGGUCACGGAAAGUUCAUGCGCAUUGCCGCUGCCAGAGAUGACGUUCUUGCAAUCCUGAACAACAAGGGGACCGACCCUGGGGUGAUCAAGCAGUUGCUGGUGAUCGACUACACUCUUGAAACACAGCAGAGUGUUCUUGUCCAGGGCCUGACGAGCGAGUCUCGACUUCCGCAGCUUGUCGACCAGUUGAGAGCUUUGCUGACGGCGCUCGUCGGCCACUUGCCGCAGGAGGAUGAGCUUCAAGCGCUCCUGGCAGAUUGGAACUCCUUCGCCUCCAACUGCGCCUCCCAGCGCUCAGAGGAAGCAGCACUUCUUCUCAAGGCCCUGGCCGAUCGCAUCAGCCGGGUGGUUGGGGAGCUGUCGGACAAAUGCCAGACCAUGAUGGGUCCGAAGGUGGCCUUUCUCGGAGAAGCAGCUGACAUUCCGAAGAAGAAUAUUGACGUUUUCGUGGAUGAGGUGCUGCGAGGCACAUCGCUAAUGGCCGUGAGUCUGAUUCUGCAGCGAGUGGAGCCAGUUCUGCGGGACAUUGCUCACUUGCCGCCUUGGCAGAUGAUCUCGCCCGUGGACAAGCCCAUUCAGGGCGUCUUCAAGCUUAUAGACAAGAUGAUGGGGGUGCAGGGCGAAAUCUUCCACACGCCCACCAUCUUGCUAAGCGGGGCAGUGAGCGGCGAGGAGGAGGUUCCCGAUGGAGUUCUGGGUGUUCUUGUGCGAAGUGCGAAGGAAGCACCCGACAUCCUUUCACACUGCGCUGUACGCGCGAGGAACUUCGGUGUACUUCUGGCAACGUGUUUUGACCCAAAGAUCUCGGAGAAGCUUGCAUCCGACUUCGCAGACAAAUGGGUGGAAGUGAGGUGCAAACCCGAUGGAACACUAACCAUUGCCGAGGUUGAGAGGCCAAGCGCCACGCCGGAAGACGAGAAAGCGAAAGCUGAAGCGGACGCAGCCAAGGUAGCAGAGGCCGAGGUCAAGAUGAACUUGACCAAUGACCUAGGAUGCUCUUGGUGUGUCCGCCCAGAUGAGAUGACGAGGUCCAACGUGGGCUCCAAGAGUCUGAAUCUCGCCCUCCUGCGGCCGAAACUUCCGCCCGGGAUCCUCACGCCGCAGGCGGUGGCAUUGCCAUAUGGUACCAUGCAGAAAUCAUUGACAGACGACUGCAACAAGGACGUCCUGCCAAUGCUAGAGAAGGUCCUUAAUCGCCUGCAGCCAUCAACCUCGAAUGAAGACGCACAGGUCAUCUUCGAGGAAGCGCAGCAGCUCGUGGAGUCCAUGCGUUUUCCUAAGGCGCUGAAGGAGGCGCUGAAUUCCGCGAUGAAAGAAGUGGCCGAUCGUGACGGCGAAGACAGACUUGCAAAGCUGUUCAAAGAGCGUGACGCUUGGCAAGCAAUCAAAGGCGUUUGGUCCUCGCUGUUUGCGCUUCGACCAUGGGUGUCCUUAGCAAAGGCUGGCCGCAGCUUCCACGACCUCAACAUGGCCGUGCUGGUCCAGGAGUUGGUCGAGGCGAAGUAUGCCUUUGUGCUCCACACUGUGAACCCUUUCACUAAGGACAAGGAGGAGCUUUAUGGAGAGAUCGUCGCAGGGAGAGGCGAAACUUUGGUGGGGAACUUCCCUGGCCGCGCCUUGAGCUUCGCGGUGCGGCGAGGGGGCGGCGAGCCGCGAGUUCUGUCCUAUCCGAGCAAAAGUGUGGCCCUCCACACGCAGCAUUGUUUGAUUUUCCGAUCCGACAGUAAUGGUGAGGAUCUUGAAGGUUUUGCUGGUGCUGGACUCUUCGAAUCUGUUUGUGCUGAGGAGGACAAAGAAGGAUUCCAGCGUCUUCAUCGGUUGGGAAUCGUGGCAGAUGGCAACUACAGAAGGGAUCUGCUCAAGCGCAUCGCCGAGGUGGGAUGGGCAACCGAGAAGGCCUUCGAUGGAGCGCCGCAGGAUAUCGAAGGCUGCGUAGAUGUCAGAGAGCGCAUUUUCAUUGUACAAAGCCGGCCUCAGGUGUAG